AUGCCUGCCGAUGCGAACUGCCUCACAAAGCGGCUCGACACUGGGAGUGCGAAAGGUCCAAUUCGACCGGACACUUUAGCACGGGCUGCUCGCAGGGCAACGUGCGGCUGGCUCCCCCUCCCCGGCCCAAUCCCGAGUAAUGACAGCUACUUGAAGGCUCGGAUAGCGGUCAGUUGCUCCGUCCAACAACAUUCGUCUGCUGCAGAUCCACAUGCUGAACUGUGCGACCCACGCCCAGAAGCUAAAGCAUUCCGCGAGAACGCUCAGUCGUACAACAACGCGCUGUCCUUCACUUCGCUCGCUGCUCACGUCGACCAGACACGACUGGGCACUCUGGGACCCCCCUUGUUUCGUGUGUUUGGUCGCCUCUAUCAUCGACUCGGCGCCCUGAUCCCUGCCGUGAAUCAACGCCCAGCAUGUGCUCAAACAUGGCUGAUCGACCCGGCCGAGGCAACCGAUACUCGACUUGGACCCAACGGCGCAGACAGUCGCACACAAAGAUCUACUUUGGCCAAGCUCGAGUCCAUGCUGCGUACCGUGGGUGCGUCGGGUCUCGGCCAGGUGCUAAGGGGCUUUGGCCGAUGCGAACUCCUUCACAAAGCGAUUUCCGGUACGCAACACUGCAUGGACUCGAGCUUGGUCAAAGUAGAUCUUUGUAUGCGACUGUGUGCGCCGUUGGGUACAGGUCGAAAGGCGUUGGUCUCGGCCGGGUCGAUGAGCCAGCCAUGUCUGAGCAAAGGCUGGGCGUUGAUUCACGGCAGGGAUCAGGGCGCCGAGUCGAUGAUAGAGGCGACCAAACACGCGAGACACGGGGGAGAGGUCUAGGGAACGGCCAGUCGGGCGCGAGUCGGCUCUAGUCGGCAGGGAGUUGCCUCCGAGUCGGGCGCGAGUCGGCUGGGAGUCGGGAUUUUUAAACUCGACUUGCGGUUUCUUAGAGGUUCAUUGACGACUUUUUCGUGUCUCGUCAUGGCCUCGUCCGCCGCCCCCACUCGACUCCGAUCCCACUCUUCGUCAUCGACGGCCGCCCCAUCGCGUCCGGCCACGUCACCCACUUCGUUCGCCUCACGAUCACGCUCGGAGGACACUCUCAAGUCAUUCAGGCCGAUGUCACGCAGUUGGGUACCUACCCCGACCCGCUGGUGCUCGGCACCCCAUGGUUACGUCUCUUCAAUCCCUCUAUCAAUUGGGCAGACAAUACACUCACUUUCUCGUGCUCUCAAUGCACUCUUGGACAUCCAACCUCAGUUGGUGUCGGCCUUCAGGGCCUCCCACUCGCAAGGGCAAGCAAGACCGGGAGGGAAAGCCAAAGUUUCGGAAACCAUCGGCGAGAGAUCAGUCGGUUGACUGCGAACGAGGAUGAUUGGCGUAGAAGCAGAGAGGCUCGAACCGCAAGUUGUUAG